GCUAACAUUAAAGUGUUUUUAGGCCCAGUUCAUUAGCGUGUUUGUUUUUAGCUGCUUUGCAAUGAAUAAGAAGGUCAGUGGAGUGUCCUGGGUCAAACCAGCAGAGCCGUCCUUUCUCAAGAAGUUUAAAAAUGACGUCGGUUACAAAGAAGGACCCAAUGUUGAUACUAAGCGUCAGGUGAUGCCAACACUGGAUGAUGACAGCGGGAGUGAUAGAGAUGAUGAAUUACCUCAAAUUGUGGUCCUAAAAGAUGGAGACCUGACUACAGAGGAAGUGAAAAAGAUCAAGGAGGACACACGUGGUGGCUCGGAGAAAGACGAUGAAGCUCCAGCUGAUGGUAAAAUCGUUUUCAAGAAACCAGCCAAGCGUUCCUCCUCAGACAAAUUCCAGGGCAUCACCGCCAGCUCCAGCAAAAAGAAGAAGAAGAGCGAUGGAGGAGAGAAGAAGGACGAGGAGGAGGAGGAGGGGGAGAAGAAGGAGGUGAAGUCUGGAAAGAAAGUCAAAAAUAACAGCCUUCUGUCAUUCGGAGGGGAUGAUGACGAAGAGGAUGAGGAGGACUAAAUGUUACUGUUACUCCUGUGACAGAUGACACAAAUCAAAGUGAAUCUUUCAUAAUUUGACAAACAGGGAUGGAGGUAAAAAUUAAGAGACAUUGUGUGGAGCCUGUCUAUUCUCAGUUCUUUUAAAGGACAGUGCCACUAUUUUUUGCAUGUCUAAGCCCAAUAACUACAAGUAGCCUAUAUUUGAUUAUUACUGACAACUGCUCCUUUCAUCUGAGUACACUGAAAACCAACUUGCAUUAUUUUCAUUAUUAUCAUCAAAGCUUGAUUAUAGUUGUGUGCAGCAACAGUUUUACUUCAACAUGGUGCAUUCAAGGACACUCACAAACAAUCCAAAAACAUUUAAUUGUGAUUUUCAUUUAUGAUUGAAAUAGUGAUUAUUUUCAUAAGAUACAGACCUGCAGGCUAGUCUGUAUUUGUGGUGAACUUAAUAUGAAACUAAAUGAAUGUGCCAACCAUUGUCACAAUUGUCUUGUUUCUAUAUCAACAGAUUCUCAUAAAUAGUUACUUUUUGCAUUUAAGAUUAGUUGUACACUCAACAUUAUUGUUAUCAUAACAGCUGCAUAGUUGGUAAUAAUGACAACAACCACAUCUGAUGAUGUUUUUGAUAUCUGAUGAUUUAGCUCUGAGAAGCUAACAUCAUGGAACCAUCAGAUUGUUUAUGCAGACAAGACCCGCCACUCUGUCUUUUUUAUGGACAUUAAAAAAGACUCCAUAAUUUUAUUUUUAAUUUAAAGUGUUCACUCAGUACUGAAAAGAAUGAAUGCAUCAAAAAAACCUAUGAUCAAUAUUAAUAAUGUAAAAUUUAGGUCAUUAGUAGUUAAUGGGCUAAAAAAAAGAGGAAAACUGUCAGUGUUGUCCUUCAUUCAUUCUAUAUGUAGCAUUUCUUUUCACAUUAAACAUGGCAAGCAGUAUUUAGUGAGUGAAACAGACUUCUGCAGCUCAUUCACGCCUCCUGCUGUCAUGAUGUCACCCUGACAGCACUACUGACUCCUCAUAUAUGGAUUCAGAUGUUUAAAGAUGCUCGUCAUUUAAAGGUGGCACUCCUGCCUUUCAUACGUAUUAACAUCCUUUUGUUGAGUCUGAAUCUUCAUCUCCUAUUUGUUAGUUUGCAUCUGUGAUGUCAUCACAAAUGUCACGUAGUGUGAACGUGCUCAUUGUGGAAUUUUUUAAUACAUUCAGUGAUUUGACUGAAUGUAUAAAUAUAUUCUAGCUUCGACAACGGAGCUGUAACAGUUUAUGUAGAAACAAUGCAUUCUUGUUAAUGCAGUUGUAUGAUUUUUUUUUAAAGACAAAAUGUGAUGUUUGUUUUUAUUGUGUGCAUUUUUAGAGAAUGGUUAUGGCUGUAUCAUUUGAAAUAUGAAACAU